UAACAAUAAUUAUUAUAAUAAUUUUGACUUAAAAGUUCAUCAAAUAAUAAGAGCAAUUCGUAGUAAUUUUGUUCCAGAGACCUAUGAAUCAAUCAUUCUCAAAAGUUAUUGGAAAUACUAAAAAUCCGUUUUAGUACGUAUCGUUUCCUCACAGAGUGUAGAGAUGAGCAAUUGAUGCUAUACAGAGAAAUGGGCUUCAGUUUGAUUCUCUAGAAAUCCGGAAGAUUGCAAUUGCUUAUGGUAUGCGUUUAAGGUUUUGGUUGGUGUCGAGUCUAUUCCGGGAAGAGUUUCCAAGUCCAGAGAUCGAGCAGAGGCAGAGACACAGAGCUGUGUCCAUUGGUUUCUUGAGGAAAUUAGAAACUGAGGCGGCUACUGAUGAAUGUAGCAUGAGCCCAAAAUCUGCAGUUUCGCGCUUGAAAUUUCGAACCCAGAUCAUUGAUUCAGUAUAAGAAGCGUCCUCUUACUUGCCAUUACCUCUUUUGGUUUCACUUUCAUUCCGAGUGCUGCUGUAAAUGUGAAGAUCUCCUUUCUUUUUGCCUAUCUCCUCGAGAUUUCAUUUAGACUGAGUUAUCGGACGCCCCAAAGGGACCGACUGAGUAAUAUGAGCUCUAUUUUACCACAUACCCAAAAAUCUGUUUUCCAUGCGUAGGUACACUUGAAGUCACGGUUACCAGUUAUUGUGCGAGUUCUUAUGUAAAGACAUUGGAGAUCAAUAUGAGAGGUACUGGAAGAAGAUUGACCCAGAAGGAAUCUGGCAAGUGUUCUCACUCCAAGAUGGAAACUGGAUCAGAGUUGAUAUUACCUCUGAAGUUGAAAAGGUGUAGCAAAAUAUCCCAUUCCAAACAGAAAAAAUCAAGAACGAAAUCGCAUGCACAGGAAAUUGGUUCAACAUUGAAGAGGAGACCAUUUCCUAAAUCCUUGAGCAAGGGGAAUAAAAAUGUGACAAUUAGACAACUGGCUGGGAAAAAAUUUCUGCUAAAGAAACUUAAUUCAAAAUAUACCAAGGACUUACUUUUGUCUAAGCUUCAAGGUGGUAAAUCCCUGCCGUCACCUAGUACGGAAGGGAAUGCAGAGAAGGUUGAGCCAGUGACCAAGAUAAACCAACAAAGGAAAAGGAGGAAGAACAAAGGAAAAAGGGAAAAAGUGGAGUUAGAUGAAGCUUCUCGCCUACAGAGAAGAACAAGAUACCUUAUUAUUAAGAUUAAGCUUGAGCAGAACCUUAUCGAUGCCUACUCUGGAGAAGGUUGGAAAGGCCAGAGCCGAGAAAAAAUUAGGCCAGAAAAGGAACUCCAGAGAGCCAUGGAGCAGAUAUUGCAGUGCAAACUUGGAAUCCGUGAUGCUAUUCGCCAGCUGGAUUUGCUUGGUUCAGUAGGAUGCAUUGAAGAUUCUGUUAUUGGUCCUGAUGGAUCUGUCUACCACGAACAUAUAUUCUGUGCAAAAUGUAAGUUGCGUGAAGCUUUUCCAGAUAAUGACAUUAUACUUUGCGAUGGGACAUGCAACUGUGCUUUUCAUCAAAAAUGUCUGGAUCCACCAUUAGACACGGAAAAUAUUCCUCCAGGAGACCAGGGUUGGUUUUGCAAAUUUUGUGAGUGCAAGAUGGAAAUAUUGGAGGGAAUGAAUGCACAUCUUGGUACCCGGUUCUCAAUGAACGUUAGUUGGGAGGACAUUUUCAAAGAAGAAGCUGCUUUCCCAGAUGGUAGAAAUGCAUCGCUUAAUCAUGAGGAAGAUUGGCCCUCGGAUGAUUCCGCAGAUGAUGACUAUGAUCCAGAUAAGAAGGAGAUUGGCUAUGACAACCCAAGUGGGGAAGAAAAUGACAAGGAUGUUUUUGAGGAGUCGAGUAGUUCAACCAGCUUGAGUUGGUCUUUAGAUGGCGAGGAUUUAACUGAUAGAGAUAGUAUUGGAUGUGAAGAUCACUUUGGUGCUAGCAGCAGCAUAGUUUCUGAUGGCUCCAAUGAAGAGGGUAUAACAGGUGGCCGUCGGCAACGGCAGGCUGUUGAUUAUAAGAAGUUAUAUGUCGAAAUGUUUGGAAAGGAUUCUACAGCACAUGAACAAGUUAGUGAAGAUGAAGACUGGGGACCUGCAAAAAGAAGACGGAGGGAAAAGGAAUGUGAUGCUGCAAGUACUCUUAUGUCUCUUUGUGAAAGUGAAAAAAAGAGUAAGAAAAUUGACGUGGAAGCUGAGAAAAGACCUCUCAAUUCGCAAAGUAGAUCAUUUUUCAGAAUUCCUCUUUAUGCAGUGGAGAAACUUCGCCAAGUGUUUGCUGAAAAUGAACUUCCCUCUAGAGAUGUCAAGGAGAACCUUUCAAUAGAGUUGGGUCUUGAUGCUGAGAAGGUCAGCAAAUGGUUCAAGAAUGCACGAUAUUCUGCACUAAGAACCAGAAAGGCAGAGGGAGCAACACAAUCCCAUAGUCCCAAUAAGACUCUCAACGAGCCCAGAUUGGCAGAUUCAAAGGAAAUGUCUGCGUGUCCUCCUUCAUCAGAGGACGCACCAAUAAAAGAACUGCAGCUUAAAUCGCGCAAUAGUCACUACAAGAAAAAGCAGCACAGGAAAUCGUCUCUUGUGUCUUCCAACAAUAACAAGGAUGCUCUUGAUUCAGGUGAUGAUAUAAGCUUGAAGAAUCUCCUAAAGAAUAGGAAAGCAAAGGUAAAGAAGAGGGUUAAAUUCGUAGCUAGAGGUGGAGAUCGAGGUCAAGAAGCAGAAGUGGAGAUGGAGAGACUGUGUAAAAUUAAGGGUAGAUUAGAGAUAAUGAAGCAGAAAUUACUUAGACUAUCAAAUAAGAAAGAAGAUGGGGUUUUAGAUAGGUCACACAUGUUUGAACAGUCUAUUGUAUAUGUUCCUGUGGCAGUGUUAAAGGAGAAGGUUUGAUUGUGUGCUCUGACUUUGAUUCUUUUCCCCAAUAUUCAAAGAUGGGACCUUAUGGUAUAAUCUUAAUCUUAA